GCAAGUCUGGGUGUUAACUGCCUCAACGGCAAGUCCUGGCCUGGUCACCCGUGGAGCUUCUUUUCCCUCUCCUCCUUUCAAAACUUCGGUAGAGGUGGAUUCCGCAUCCGCGCUGUCAGCAUGUCUCCUUCCACAUCCCCCCGGUUCUUCACGGAGCGGGAGGUGGCCCGCCACUGCACGGAGGACUCCUGCUGGGUGCUGUUGGGCACGAGAGUGUACGACGUGACGGCUUUCUUGCGGCGGCACCCCGGGGGACAAGCGCUGAUACUCGGCCGGUCGGGGAAAGAUGUGAGCGGGGAGAUGGAGGGACCCCCGCAUCGGCACUCCGACAACGCCCGGCGGUGGAUGGAGCAGUACUACAUCGGGGAAGUGGACCGAGACAGUGACAGCGACAAACUUCAGACUCUGAGAGACAGAAGAAAAGCCAACCAGCAGAUGGAAGAGAAAGCAGAAAUCACAGCUGAAAUAAAGGAGAAAGAAGAGGAUCCACACAAUCGUUGCAGCAUUGUAGACCUGGAUAAGGAUUUGGUGGAUUGGAGGAAGCCACUGGCAUGGCAGGUGGGCCACCUCGGAGAGAAAUAUGAUGCCUGGGUUCACCAGCCAGUCGACCGGCCUAUCAGACUCUUUGGAAACCCUUUUAUGGAGGCCAGCACCAAGACGUCUUGGUACUGGGUGCCAGUAGUGUGGCUUCCUAUUGUGUUUUAUCUUUGUUGGUAUUGCUACACCUCUUUGGCAAAAGGCACCACAAGGAUCGCCAUCACCUCAGAUUUCUCUGUUUUGGUCCAUAAAUACACUUUCCUGAUAUUCUUCUUGUUGGGCUGGUUCAUGUGGUCAUUCAUUGAGUACUGCAUCCAUCGCUUUGUCUUUCACAUGAAACCACCAGCUCAUAACUACUACCUCAUCACCCUACACUUUCUCCUGCAUGGGCAGCAUCACAAGUCUCCAUUUGAUGGUUCCAGGCUGGUCUUCCCCCCCGGCCUGGCGUCCUUAGUGGUUGGAACUUUCUACACAAUUUUGUGCAACCUGCUGCCAGACAUGAUUGGGAAAUCUGUGUUUACCGGGGGACUGUGCGGCUACGUGGUGUACGAUAUGAUCCACUACUACCUUCACUACGGCUCUCCGAAGAAAGGCUCUUACAUGUACGGUCUAAAGGCCUACCAUGUCAAACACCACUUUGAGCACCAAAGAGCAGGUUUUGGAAUCACCUCCAUGUUCUGGGACCACCCCUUCAACACAGUCAUCCCCGAUGAGAAAUUUGAAUCCUAAUGAUCUCCGCAGGAAGAUUGAUCACCAAAGCUCCCAUUAAGCCUUUAAACAACCUGACAUUCUUUCCAGCCUCUGCACUCACACCUUUCUCGUCCAAAGUGAAGAUGACACCGCAGCCUAUGCAGUUAGUCCAGCUGCACAUUCCAAUUUGCUAAUCGGUUUGCGCCACACUCGCGUGUGCAUACCCUUACUGUUGCAAGGCAUUUCUGUGCCAUUUUCCCCCCGAACCCAAUCUUCAUCCAUCACUGCUGCUCCUUUAACCACACUUACCUCCCCUCUCAGAUGGCAUGUUGGCUUGUCAGAAUGCCAUAAAAUACAACUGCGACCCUUAAGUUCAUUAUGAUAUGAAGAAGCUCUCUGACCAAAACUUUUCUUUGCUAAUAUCGUUGCUACAUAUUGUUAAGUCAAUUGGCAUCUAGGGUUGCUUGGAGAGAAAAAGAGGAUAAAAGGAAGUGACAGAAGGUGUGUGAAAGUAGAAUAGCGGGAGUGAAGAAAACAUGUCUGUGGAUAUUCUCAUUCAUCCAGGUCAUUGUAUUCACAGGACAUUCAAUUGAUCCCAACUGGACUGUUCGGUAUGUCUCUCAACUAAAUAGCCUUCAGCAGUUCAUGCUAGUAGACAUGUUACGUCAAUCAAACUAGGGAUCUAGACAUCUGGUCAGGACACUCCUCACUGUUUUGCCGUCACCUUCAUUGUCCAAUUGUUUUUGGUGACUUUAUAUACUUUGGACCUAGACGUUGAGUCCGUGACAUACAUGGCGGACAAUAACUGAUACAGUCUGCUUUGCCAGUUCAAAUGCAUUUGCCGUUUUCCUGGACGGCCAGGUAAUACAAAGCACACGCUACCUUUUUUAUCACAUCCACGGGAGCUCGCAUUCUCGUUGUCUCUCCUUCGACAAAUGGACGAAGUUUUUCCCUAAACAGAAUCACAGCUGACCCGGCCGAACCUUCGAAAGUUCUCUUGCCGUCUGAGAAGUGUUGUAUCCGAAAUAGCUGCACUCGCUUUCUCUUAAGGUAUUCAUGUGUGAUUUCUACAACCGUUUGUACAGACGGAAGGAGAAACACGGGUACAUCUGGAUGACUCGCCUCCAUAUUUCCAGUGGUUAGCUCCGAGUUUUAUUACAUACUUUAUUAUGAAGCUGGCUGUGGCGCGUUCUUUCUGAUGUCACUUCCUGUGUGGGCGUGGUCUUUCUGGCGUCACUUCCUCUCGGAACUCACUUUGUAAACGAUCAAUAAGUCCAUACAAAGCUAAGUGCCGGAGAUUCAAGAAUUACAUGGCUGACUUACCCGUGUAAAAAUUAGAAUAGACAUAAAAUACAUAAAAUAGACAUGGCCCCAGAUUUGUCAGAUCAGUCCAGCUGCAAUCCAUUGACUGCCCUGAGAAUAGUGACGGAAAAGUAGGACAGAGGGUAAGAAUAUGUGUGUGACCUGGGUGCCUAACUCCCAGUGGAAACAAAAAUCGUUGUAGUUGUUGCUAGAAGAUUCAUCCAACAUUUUAUCCAUCCAUCCAUUUUCUACCGCUUGUUCCUUUCGGGGUUGUUUUAGAUUUGAUUUAACCGGGAUUGUUGUCUUAAGUGUACCGUUCUCUAUCCGUGGCUCUAAAAGUUCUCUACGGGCCAUAUUUUGAUAUUAAUGUUCACUUUUUCGCGUCAUCUUUUCAUCAAUACCGAUACAAAGUUGUAAAAAUGUUUUGUAAAAUGCUUUGUAAAUCUGAUUUGUUUGUCAAUAGCUGAAGUUUGACGUCGGCAUGGAGUAAUUCCCAGAAGAAUAGCAAACAAUGAA